AUGACUGGAGGUCCUAUAGCUAUGGGUCCUAUAGCAUCGACAGUUGGGGGAGCCGUGGGCGGCAUUCUGAUCAUUUUGAUUGUCAUCAUUGUAGUCAUCAUCGUGUUCAAACGACGAAGAAAUGAUGGUAAUCCUUCUAAAACAGGAAACAUCGAGGAACAAUUUCAGGCAUCAGCUGGUUUUCAAGACACGUCAUUAGAAGAAAAUGACUACAGUGGAAACGCCUCCAAUUUGAACUCGGAGCGCACAACUCCAAGGAGCACAAGACCCAAACCAGCUGUAGCCGUCAAGCCCGAUGUAAGGAGAACUAAAUCCUUAGACCUUGAUUUCACCGAUGGAUCUCCGGAAAGAUCUAGCAACAAACCUAUUGGUACACGUGAACCGAUACCCGUGGCUCAGUUUCCCGCGUUCGUCAACAAGAACAGACACACUGCGCUCUUCUCCGAGGAAUUUCAUGACUUACCUGGCCCAGACAUCUAUCCUCAGACCGUGGCUCGAGAGCAGAUCAACUUCAAGAAAAACAGAUACAAGAAUAUUUUACCAUAUGAUUCGGCGAGGGUGAAGUUAGAAGUAAUCGACGAUAUCCCUCAUUCCGAUUACUUUAACGCUUCUUACAUUCCCAGUUUUGACGAUGACAAGGCUUACAUUGCAUCACAAGGACCGAACAAGACCUCUAUGGAUGAUUUCUGGAGGAUGGUCUGGCAGGAGAAUGUGACGACUAUUGCCAUGGUAACGAAGCUCCAGGAAGGAGAUAAGAUCAAAUGCCGUCAGUACUGGCCAGAUCGGAAAGGACAAUCAGUGGAGUUUGGAACAAUCAAAGUAGAACUAAUGGAACUUGAACCAUGUACAGGCGGUGUGGCAAGAAGGAUGGUUAUGCGCAAGGGUGAAGAGUCGAGGAGAGUUACACAGUUCCACUUCACAGAGUGGCCUGACAAGGGUGUUCCUAAACACACCUCAUCACUGCUCAAGUUCAUCAAGGAAGUCAAAGCUGAUCAUGGACAGUACACUCAUCCUCUCAUCAUCCAUUGCAGUGCUGGUGUUGGACGAACAGGCGUGGUAACCAGUAUUGAUAGCGUCGUAGCUCACGCCAAGAGAACUAGAAUGGUAGAUGUUUUCAACUUCGUGACGAACAUGAGACAGAAACGACCAUACAUGGUCCAAACACAGGAGCAGUAUGCCUUCAUCUACGGGGCUGUCCUGGAGGAUCUUCUCUGGAGGAAUACCCUGAUCCCUGUCAUUCAUUUCACCGAUCAUCUACAAGACUUACACACUUCAGGUGACGGACGUGGACGGUCCAAGAUGACCAAGGAGUUCCAGACUUUGAAGAGCCUCUGUCCAGAUCCUUCGGCUUCUCAAACAAGAUCAGGACGCACUCCAGAUAAUCACCCCAAGAAUAGAUACGGGAACAACCUACCAUUGCAGAGAAACCGUGUGAUACUAGACUCCCCAGAUCAUGAUUACAUCAAUGCUAGUCAAAUGAAGGGAGUCCACUGUACAUUCAUGACAACCCAGAUGCCGCUGCCAGCCACUGUGUCUGAUUUCUGGUCUAUGGUCCUCAACUAUAAACCAUCCACUAUCGUCAUGCUUAAUGACAAGAGCCAAAACGACAAGACCAGUCACACCGUCACUCAGUACCAGUUCCAUGGAUGGCCUAAACAUGGAUCAGAUCAACAAUCAGGGGCUAGGUCGUUGAUCAAGCUCAUCCGUGCUGUCAAAGGAGUGGUGCUGGGCGAACAGGUGUGCUUUGCACUGCUAUGGAGUGCAUCGCUCAGAUAG